GUCAGAGUAUAAAUUCUUAAYACAUCUUUUAAACCAGGACUUUUACAUUUUAGAAUUUUAAGAUAUCAAGUCGUGCGUGACUUUGUUCUAUCWUUGAACCGAAUUUAAUUUGUGUAAAAGCCGUGGACGCCUGCAAUCGGAGUCGUCUUAGCUGAAAUCAACCGAAAUGAAAAGAACAACGAAGUCUAAAUCUUUUAAGCAAACUCCGAGUGUGGACACUCAAGCCUCAGUUCCAGAAAAUGGAUGUUUGGUGAUCGAUCACAAGGACCUUGGACAGCAAUGUCUUAUAGGGACUGGUUUUUAUGCRAAUGUUAACUUUGGAAUAUGGAGAGUCAAAAAUAAAAAUCAGCAUGUUGCUAUCAAGUGCCUUAAAGAAGAAGUCCGCAAAGAUCUCAACAUACUAGAAUCAGCUUCAAACAUGUCCAGACUUAAAAAUGAUCACAUUAUGAAGUUUUACGGGAUUUGUGGUGUCGACAAAGAUGUGAAAUUGGUAAUGGAGUAUGCACGACACGGCUCCCUUAAAAACGUCAUGAGAGAUCCAAACCAAAGGAAAUUCUUCUGUCAACACGCGCGACUUAAGGACUUUGCAGUGCAGAUAUCUCAUGGAAUGGACUACUUAGCUAACRAAGCACAAGUACAUUGUAAUCUUGCCGCAAAAGAUGUUUUAGUUGUUGAUAAAAAUUUGGUGCGAAUCAGGUGCGAUUUUGCCAUACCAAACGCUCUAGGUCAAAGGCAGCCAUGGUCUGCGCCAGAAGUAAUUCAGAACCAAAUACCCACCAUUAAAUCAGAUGUGUACAGCUAUGGAGUUGUUUUGUGGGAAAUGAUGACAUUUGGAGAAGACAUAGGGAAAAACAAGAUUGUAUAUCAAGUAGGAUCUUCAACCUUCAAAGUUGUAMCGAACAAGUCGGGAUAUUUAUCGUUCAACAUAAAUAGACGAAUGACACUCAUCGAAAGGCUUAACGACACUGAGUGGCUUGCUCAAAACGAGGACGCUGAUGUUGGAAUUGUUCUGGAAGACCACGUUAACCUGAAGAUAAAACCCCGAGAAAGAUCGUUGCCAGCUCAGAUUAGCAAGCCAUUUGAUCCAGUACACCUGCCACCUCAUUGCAGUUGGGAAAUAUCCAAAGAUAGACUGAAGGACAUAUCGCUUUGUGCGCAGGAGGAUAAAAAAACGCUUCCUUUGCAAGCCUUAAAAAGUAUUACCUAUACUCCAGACGCCUCAAACAUUGGUGCCAGCGCAAAAAGUAACACUGGUUCUCCUGGUAACUUGGAUAUCGAUAAAGAGGAUGGAGCGUCAGGUGUUAGUGCGCCUACUCAAAGAGUACAAAACAAUGGUCCUAGUUUUUGUUCUGCUCCUCCAAUACCACCAAGACAUGAUCUUGAUCGAUUAAGAACAUUAUCCCUUCCAAGGAGCCGCCCAAUUCCGACGCCAAGGAAAAGGAUGACUUCCUGUUCAGAAUUUAUGCCAGGAACUCAAAACACCUGGCAGAGCCAUGGAGGGGAAGGACCAAGAUCGGCGCCGCUAGUCAACUUAGAUAAUAGUGAUUUUCAGUUUGGAAAAAAUAAUGAAAUUACUGUAAAAUAUUCUUCGUCGGAGAAUACUGAAACGGCUCCCAAAAUGAAUGAAGAGCAGCGUACUGAUCAACUGAAGGAUGUGUUUAGUGGUCAGGAUCCAGCCCUUAUUGACUUCUCAACCGAACUACAGGCAACCGGUACUCUUAAACAUGGUGAUAGAGCAAAUAGAGAAGAAAACYGUAGUUACAUCACAGGAAAGGGUCAUUCCUCGAACGAAGAGAGCGUAGUUCCAGAAAUAAAUCCAGAUCAUACUGACAGACUUCAAAAAGAGGAUUGUAAGCCAAAUAAUAAAGAUCGCCCGCUAAUCUAUUUGUCUACAUCCGCAAUGCCUUUAAAUKCUGAUGGACAGGGUGGUAGGACACAAAAGAAUGAAACCUUUCCGCUUAUUGACUUGAGUGAAGAACAUUUAGCAAUCACCACAAAUGCCAUGGAAGUACCGUCACCACGUCCGUGCACAGCUCCACAGAGUACUACCGUGAGAAAUGAACAUAACUCCGUCAAAAAUAUUCUUGAAGGAAUUUUGCCUAAAAAMWGGCMUCAGGAUUCWAAUCAUAACACURAUCCGUUUUCAGCCAACCAGCGGCCAUUGCAAGGAUUUCAAGGUCUGGGACAGGCAGUUUGCAAUACGCCAGCUCAAGCCCCAUCCAAGGGUAGUGAUUCUCAUGAGCAAGAAGAGCGCGAAAACAUAUAUCAAGUUCCCUUYCAUACCCCUAUCCCAUCUSGAAUGCCACMUGUGGACCCAGAAAGGCKCCGUCAGCCACCACCAAGUCCUGCUUAUGGAAGAGAAACAGAUGCGUUAAUUGYCCGACUCCAGGARGAAUUCAACGAUUUAUCAAGAGACGAAUGCUAUGCACGAUUAUUGCAUUAUAAUCAYGACAUUGAACUGAUAAUAAAAAUACUAAAAGUUAAAGACCUUGCAAACGUCGAUGAGGACUGUGCACGAUUUCAUCUCGGGCAUUGUCGCUGGGAUGUAGAGCGGGCUGUGAAUUAUAUUCUUUCAAAAACGGAGUAAUCUAUGACAGGAACUGGUGUCUUAUUCUUUUCUAAACACCAUAUCGACGAUGCAUCCUUGCCUAAUGAACUUAAUCGACCCAUUAACGUUGCUCAGUUGUAAAGAAAUAAAGACAACARCAAAGUAAUUUACAUAGAAAUGUUUUUAAUAUUCCCGGAAUGAUUUUAAUAUACAUAUUCUCUAGCUAAAUAGCGAAUUAAAUGUUAUUGACAUUGUAAUGAUUUGUUUUGCAACAGUACGUUGCAAACAAUUUAAGUAAUGCCCCGAGUAAGAACUAGGGAAGCAAACGGCACAGGAAUGCAAGAAGGUGCUAAUUGYGCAUUGUAUAAUCCAUCCAUCCCAUUGGGGAGAAAACCAAGACAUUCGUACAUGGGGAACUUGCUAUGCCGCAAACAAUAGUCUAGAGAGUUCCCUAGUUCUUUAGCGCAUUGUUACUUAAGAAUACGAUAUAUGCAAAUGACUUUGUCGCUGUCUCUAUAAUCUUAAACAACGUUUAGUGGAUUGACUCUUCAUGGAAUUAAUAAAUGAGAAAAAUUGUGGUAGACGGUUUGAACGUAUUACACCUAAAUAUGGUAUAUCGACUUGAGCAAUUAUUAAAAUAACAAAAAAAGAAUUUUUUGAUAUAUGUGUAG